GGCGGCGGCGCCUAUAGCGGCGCCGCCUCCUACAGUGGCGCCGGCGCCGGGACGGGCGGCUUCGGGGGCGGCUUCCAGCAGCAGGCCGCGCAGGCAGCGUUCAACGACCCGGCUCUCCAGCAGCACAUCCGGAACCAAGCCUUUGAGCAGGCCCAGCAGGGGUGGAACACGGCCAGGGACGGACUCGGAGAGGCGAUCCAGCAGCUGGGCGGCUACGUGCAGGAGCCCGAGCGGCGUGCGGUGCGCCUCGCGGCGCCCGCGGCAGGCACGUCGGAGCAGAAACCGCCCUGCCGGCAGGUGCCCCGCAGAAGCUUCUCAUCAGCGGAGCGGCCCGGGGUCCCACGGAAGCCCUGGGGCACCUGGGGGCAAUCCACGAUCGACGCAUAA